AUGUCCUCUCAAGCCAACAGUGGCGACACGUACGGCGUCCCUGGCGCUGGCGCCGGUGGUGGUUCCAAAUACAAGCCCUUCAAAGAGGAAGAAGCCAAGAGACCCGAGUUCGACCCUUCGUUGUCCUACACGCUCACCAAGGCGCCCAAUGUGAACUUUGAAGCGGGACAAGGACUCAACUCGCAUCCCGCUUCCUCCAAAUUUGGAGCUGAUGAUGCUGAGUACCAUGUGAUUCAGAUCGGAAAGACCAAGGUCUCGUCGAGCACCAUGUACAAGCUGAUGGUUUCUUCGAUCGCUCCACGUCCCGUCGCUCUGGUCACCACGCUCAACGAGGACAACUCUCCGAACCUGGCUCCUAUCAGCUGGUAUCAGAUGGUUUCGCAGGAUCCUCCGAUGGUCAUGAUAUCGUUUGGUGGCGGAGAAAAUCGAAGGAAGGAUAACGAAAACAACAUCAAGCGCCUUCAAGAAUUCUCCAUCUCUUCGUCGUCAGAGCCGUAUGCAGAGGCGCUCAACUUUGCUUCAGUUGACUGUCCACCCGGAAUCAGCGAAUAUGCUUUGUCUGGCCUGACACCCGUCAAGAGCAAGGUCAUUAAGACACCGCGAGUCAAAGAGGCACCCAUGUCAAUGGAAUGCGAGGUAGAGUAUAUUCGCGAAAUUUGCAAUGCAGAGGGCAAGCACACCACCACGCUCGUUUUGGGUCGAGUACGUGUGAUGCACCUCCGUAAAGACACGAUCCAUCCCGAGACCGGGGCCGUAGACGCCAGCAAGACUCUACCCGUCACACGAAUCGGCGGGUUGCAGUAUGCUCGGACCUCCGUGGGCUACGAGCUGGAACGACCCAAAUGGAGUGAAAUCAAGGAUCGAGCCGAUGUACAAGCCGCUUUGGAGCGCGGCCCAAAAGUGUGGUUCGAGAACAAGGAUGAGGUGCUCGAUUCAUACCCAUAG